AUGCCCGGCUACGAAGACGACGGCGAUGUUCGGCCCUACCACGGAAAAGCCAGUCGCGUCACGACCAGAAUGCCUUGGUGGAAUCCUCGUUACUGGGCCCGCAAGGUCUGGAUCGCCAUUGUGGUGGUUUUGAUCAUCGUCAUUGUCAUUGCCGUGGCCGUUGGUGUCACCGUGUCCAAGAACAAUGCCUACCCGGCCUACAAGGAGCUAUCCUACACGCUGCAAGAUACAUGCAAACUGACAAACGCAGACUCUGGCGAAAACUUUUUCAGCCAAUUCAACUACUUUAAUACGUAUGAUCCUGCCAAUGGCUUUGUACACUAUGUCAGCGAAGCCGACGCCAAGCAACAUAACCUAACCUACGCCACCGCCAACACGGCCGUCAUCAAGGUCGACACCACCGUUGGCCCUGGCUCCACCCCCGACGCCUCGACCGGCCGCUUCUCGGUGCGCAUCGAGUCCAAGAAGACGUACAACAAGGGCCUCUUUCUCUUUGACGUCAAGCACAGCCCCUACGCCUGCGCCGCGUGGCCCGCGCUCUGGCUGACGGACCCUGCGCACUGGCCCGAUCACGGCGAGAUUGACAUUCUCGAGGCCGUCAACGCCGGCGACGCCGGCAACCUCAUGUCGCUGCACUCGGCCAAGGGCUGCAGCAUGGGCGGCAAGCGCAAGAUGACGGGCAAGGCGCUGGACAAGUCGUGCUACGUCAAGGAUAACAACAAUGCCGGGUGCGGCGUGCGCGACGGCGCCAAGGCGUCGUUUGGGCAGGCGUGGAAUGAGAAGCAGGGCGGCGUCAUGGCGGUCGAGUGGCGCGAUGACGGCAUUAGAAUGUGGCAGUUUGCGAGGGACAGCAUCCCGGCGGAUGUGACGGGCAAGAAGCCGACGCCGGACGCGUGGGGGACGGCGGCGGCGGAUUUUCCGAAUACGCAUUGUGAUGUUGGUGCCAGGUUUUCAAAUCACUCGAUUGUUGCCAACAUUGACCUGUGCGGCGACUUGGUCGAGGCCAGCUGGAAAGAGGCAGGCUGCGGCGGCGGUUCCAACUGCACAAACUUUGUCGCGACUAACCCGAGCGCCUUUACCAAUGCCUACUGGGAAUUCGGCGCCUUUGAAGUAUAUCAGGCUUCGUAA